AUGCCUCCGGUUUUACCGCGUGAUAACACACACUGGUGGUGCGAUCCUAGUACGGAAUAUGCAUUUGUUGGUUUCAGUUACGAAGUAACCGCUUGUCAAAGUUCUACGCAACUCAACAAAGAGUUUGCCGACAUUCGGAAUCAUUUCAACUCUCGCUAUGUCCGCCUCUACGGCGCAUGCGAUCGAGAUGGAUUCUAUGAUGAUAUCGUUGAUGCAGCUUGGGAUAAUGGACUGGGCGUCCAUGCUCUGAUCUGGUUUGGUUUCACCGGAGGCGAUAUCUGGAUGACCAGACGCGACACGCUCCUAGCAACGCUGCAUGCUAACCCCAAAGCGAAAUUUGUUACGCGGGGUGUGCAGUUCGGGUCGGAACCGCUGUACGAUAACGUGCUCCCGCAUCAAGAACUUGCCCAGCAGGUGCUCCUUGCCAAAGCAAACCUCUCCGACCUGAAUAUCCCUGUCACAGUGAGCGAGCUCGCGUACGGGUACCAGGAACGCGGAGGCGCGCAGGAUGUGCUAGACGCUAUCGACUUUAUCAAUAUCCACAUGCUGCCGUUCUUUGAUCAGAACGCUUCCACUGCAAAUAACUCUUGGCCCAUCGUACUCGAAAACCUCGAAUUCUUCGUUGACAAUGGAGGGGGGAAGAAGAUGUACUUUGAUGAGAAUGGCUGGCCCUCAGUAACAUCGCCAAGCGUGCAACCCAAUAGUCCAUAUGCUGUUGCCGACAUUCCAAACGAGCAGGCGUAUUUCGAAUUGCUCGAUUCGAAGUGCGAAUACCUCAAGGAUGUCGAGGGUAGAGGGAUAGGCUGGUUCGCGCAUAUCUACUCCGACAACCAGGAACCUGGUUAUGGUAUAUACAAUUUGUCGGGGCAUCUCAAGUUUCCCUUCCAUCCCCGAACGGAAUGCUAG